CUUAAGGCAGGGCCGGCCAAACUCAAGCCAGCUGCAGAGCAGGCUCGACUUUCCGCUAGCCAGUUGUGACGUCACAUGUAAAUAAACAAUGAGAAGACAACAUGGCGUCUACCAGAGGAAGGUGCGUAUUCUGAAGUGCCUCAUGCAGAGGUUUGACGUUAUUAUUACUUGUUAUGAUUAGUAAUGGCUGUGCACAUGUGCUACAGGUAUUUGUGUGCACAAUUAUAUAUAACAUUUGGUUUGUCAGUUGCAUGCAGUGUUUCAUAGUCAGGUUCAAAUAUUGUGUUGAAGGUUCCAUGUUUCUGCUGCCUUAAAAAGGACUUUGGGAGAGGUUAGGUCUGCUGGUCUGUCAAAUUGAAAAACAAAAUGGGUUUCCUGAAUGUGAAAUAACUUGAUCCAAGUAGAUAGGUGAGUUGUCUAUCUCUUAUUAAUCACAGCAAUUUUUGAAUAAACGAAUGUCAAAAUAAUUAAAAGCACAGUAAUACAAAUCUAAUGUUACCAGGAGAAAUAAAUCACUCCUAUAAAAAUAAUUUAGGCCAACCUAACUCCCAAAAUAACCAGAAUUCUUGAAGCUGAUAUACCUCUAAGUUUUAGCUGAUAACCAUUCCCAUUCCUAAACUAAUUUCGGCACCUAUACACCCAGAAGAGUUUUGUACCUUCCAUUUUCAAAUGACAUUUAUGAAUAUGGCUCAAUACCCAUUCUUUACAGUUUCGUGUGUCCAGUUUGUGAUACACCGUAUGAGCAACAGUCGCAGGCAGAAGUGUGUAUUGCAUCGCAUUUUGGACAGGGUUUUGUAACUCCUCUCACCCAUGAAGAAGAUAGAAGUAAAAAGGUACUCCUGUGGUCGCUGCAACACAGUGUAUGAUAGUGAAGACCGGGCGUCACUGUGUUUUGCACGUCAUCUUGCACAAGAUGUCUGGAAUGCAACAGAAUCCAGUGAAAUGGAUUCAACCCCUAUAGACUCACAGUUGCAUACCAGUACAUCAGAACAGUACAGUGGCCAGCGGCAAACACCGUGGACAGAAGAUACUGUCGACAUACUGCUGAGAGCUGUGAGGGAUGCAUUCCCACGUUUGGAUGGGAAGCUGGAGAAGAGAGACCGUGUGUGGCGUGACAUUUUUGCUGUUGUUUCAUCUCAACCUCAUCAUGUGGAUUUAUUAACAUUAGUGGUCCCUGGGGCUACUAUGCAACAGUGUAAAGUGAAGUGGAAAAAUUUAAGGUAUGCCUUCAUGCGUUAUAUUGAAAACAUGAAGACAACAGGAGCUCGUAAACUGCAUGUACCCCAGGGAUACGAUCUUCUUUAUUCAUUCCUUGGUGAACGACCCAUCACACACCCUAGAACUGAGAGGUGUGGCCUUGAGAAUGAACAAUUACGUGAUGCUCUAGUUACAGGAACCACAACUAUCAAGACUGUAACUCCUGUUGCAGGAGCCUCAGGUGUCAGCAGGAUUGUCACUAAUGUUGCAGGACCAUCAGGUGUCAGCAGAGCUGACACUCCUGUUGCAGGACCAUCAGGUGUCAGCAGGAUUGUCACUCCUGUUGCAGGACCAUCAGGUGUCAGCAGGGCUGACACUCCUGUUGCAGGACCAUCAGGUGUCAGCAGGAUUGUCACCCAGUUGCAGGACCAUCAGGUGUCAGCAGAGCUGACACUCCUGUUGCAGGACCAUCAGGUGUCAGCAGAGCUACCACUCCUGCAUCAAUGUCUGAUCCUGAUGACCCGCCACCAUUAUUAA